AUGUCUGUCAAUAAUACUACUACUACUAAUACUACUAAUACUACUAAUACUACUAAUACUACUAAUACUACUAAUUCCAUUAAUGGAAUGGAGGAAUCAAUGAUUAAAUCUUCCGAGGUCUCAAGUGUACCAAUUAAUGAAAACAAAAGAAGCAGAGAUCAAGAAAAUACGUUUAAAAAAGGAAAGGCAAAAGGCAAACGGUUUAAAGAACCCCCUCUUGCCGAUCCAAUUUCACAUGAGGGUGUUCUCAUAACAGAUAUCAAAAGUUUUUUGAAGACCAAAGAAGUUUCUGUCGAGGAUGUAACGAAUGAUUUAAAGGAAUUUUUUUCUCGUCCUAAAGGAACGUCUCACCCCGAGCAUAAAAAUGUUUUGGUAAAGAUUGAAGCGAUUUCCAGUAUUGGUGAAGGUAUCGGCUUGGUAAAAAUAUCUGAAGAUGAUUCAAAUACUCAGGGUAUUACCUUGCAACCUAAAUAUCAGGUUGUUGUCGUUCCUUUCACUGUAGUUGGAGAUGAAGUAGAAGCUAAAAUUUAUAACACUCAAAAACUUUACUUCAAAGCUGAUUUAAUAAAGGUUAUGGUACCAUCACCUAAACGAGAUGACUCUUUAAUUAACUGUCAAUAUUUUGGGAAAUGUUCUGGUUGUCAAUAUCAGAUGCUGGAUUAUAAAGACCAACUAGAGAUCAAGCGAAACGUGAUUGUCAAUGCAUACAAACACAACUCCAAUUUAGAUCCAAUUAAUGUUCCUCAUAUUGAGGAAACAGUUGGCUCACCAUUAAAAUAUAACUACAGAACAAAGCUAACACCUCAUUUUGACAUUCCAAGAAAAACACCUGAAACUGCUCCACCUGUGGGUUUUGGACAACCCGGAAGAAAAACAAUUCUUGAUAUUGAGGAGUGUUCUAUCGGCACGUCUGUUGUUAAUGGUGGUUUGAAGAAACAAAGAUCGUGGUUUCAAGAAAAUUUCAAGCAAUAUAAACGUGGAGCUACUUUUCUUCUUCGAGAGAAUACAAUUUUGAAACAAAACGCUGAGCAACUUCAGGAUACUGAAAAUAAGCUUCAGGAAAUAAACUUGAGCAAGGGGGAAAAAGAAAAGGUUUGCUCUACUAGCACCAAGGAUAUUAUCACGGAAUAUGUUGGCGAUUACAUAUUUACAUAUCCAGCAUCUUCAUUUUUUCAAAACAAUAAUUCUAUUUUGACAUUGGUAACAAAUUAUGUGCGCGAUAAUAUCAAGCUUCCACAGACAGGUCAGCCGCCAACUUUUUUGGUAGAUACAUAUUGUGGUUGUGGUCUAUUUGCCAUCACUUGCUGUGGCAAAGCUGAAAAAGUUAUUGGGGUUGAAAUCUCUCAAGAUAGCGUUAAGUACGCGAGAAAAAAUGCUGAGCUUAAUAAUGUUAAAGCCGAAUUUAUCGUGGGUCAAGCAGAAAAAAUUUUUGAUGGUGUAACAACAGAUCCCAAUCAGACUUCAAUAAUUAUUGAUCCUCCUAGAAAAGGAUGUGAUGUUCAAUUUUUAGACCAAUUGCUAGAUUUCAGACCUGCUAAAAUUGUUUAUGUCAGCUGUAACGUUCAUUCUCAAGCUCGGGAUAUAGGAUAUAUUUUGAACUCAGAGAAAGGAAAGGUUUACAAAAUUGAAAGUAUUAGAGGAUUUGAUUUUUUUCCACAAACGCAUCAUGUUGAAAGUGUUGCUGUACUAUCAUUAAAAUCUUGA